AUGGCUGAACAGGCGGAGGACUUUUCUAGUCUACCUUUACCAGAGCGCUUCUCGCACAAGGUCUGGAAAGUAAGGAAAGAAGGUUAUGAAGAAGCUACAAAACUAUUUGAAAAAACCCCUGACGAUUCCGAUCCGGUAUUUCGCCCUUUCCUACAAGACCCAGGUUUGUGGAAAGGAGCCGUCUCGGAUUCGAACGUUGCAGCACAGCAAGAAGGACUUGCGGCAUACUGUGCUUUUCUUAAAUAUGCCGGUGUUCAAGCCAGCUCAAGGACCCGGAGUAUUACCACAGUACCAAUCGUUGAAAAAGGUCUCGCAUCGACACGCGCGGCCGCAAAGGCAAACGCGACGGAAGCCUUGUUGCUCUUCAUAGAGUUAGAAAAACCUGAACCAGUCAUCGAGGAUAUUGUUGGGACAUUAUCACAUAAACAGCCAAAGGUUAUUGCUGCGGCUCUAGCCGCCCUUACUACGAUUUACCAUAACUAUGGAUGCAAGGUUGUAGACUCUAAACUGGCACUCAAGGCGCUACCUAAAGUUUUCGGUCACGCAGAUAAAAAUGUGCGUGCUGAAGCCCAAAAUUUAACCGUGGAGCUCUACAGGUGGCUGAAGGAAGCAAUGAAACCUUUAUUUUGGGGCGACCUGAAACCCGUUCAACAACAAGAUCUAGAGAAAUUGUUUGAGGGCGUAAAACAGGAACCUGCACCCAAACAGGAACGAUUCACGCGUGCUCAACAAGAAGCUUUGGCAGCUCAACCAGCGGAUGGGGCUAGAGAUGUGGCAGGAGAUGGUGGUGAAGAGGAUGGAGGGGAAGUGGAUGUAGACGUUUUUGAUCUAGCGGAACCCGUUGAUAUCAUGCCGAAAAUACCUGCUACAUUUCACGAAAACGUUGCUUCUUCGAAAUGGAAAGAUCGAAAGGAAGCUCUGGAUACUUUGUAUUCGGCUGCAAACGUUCCACGAAUUCAAGAGGGACCAUUCGACGAAAUUAUGAGAGUUCUUGCGAAAUGCAUGAAGGACGCGAAUAUAAUGGUGGUUACGGUAGCGGCCAACACGGUCGACGUAUUUGCAAAAGGCCUUCGCAAGGGAUUCGGCAAGUAUCGACCGACUGUAAUGGCACCGAUCAUGGAACGCUUGAAGGAAAAGAAACAAACCGUUGCUGAUGCUCUCGGCCAGGCACUUGACUCAGUGUUUUCUUCAACAAGCCUUUCAGAUUGUCUCGAGGACACUUUGGAAUUUUUAAAACACAAAAAUCCUCAAGUCAAGCAGGAGACAUUGAAGUUCUUGAUUCGCUGCCUUCGCAAUACCAGAGAAGUUCCGUCGAAACCAGAGACGAAAUCAAUAGCAGAAGCUGCUACAAAGCUUCUCACGGAAUCCAGCGAAGGCACUCGGUCAGGCGGUGCGGAGAUACUGGGCACAUUAAUGAAAAUCAUGGGAGAACGCGCAAUGAAUCCUUUCCUUGAUGGCCUUGAUGACAUCAGAAAAAAUAAAAUAAAGGAAUUUUUUGAAUCAGCACAAGUAAAAGCGAAGGAUAGACCGAAGCCUAUCAUUGGGCCUCCAAAAGGCACUCCAGGACCGUCUACAAAACGAACGGUUGUGAAGAAAUCAGUAGCAGGACUGAAAAAACCUGCUGCUGCUACUGUCGUUACAGAACAAGCUCCUGAUGAACCUACUGUCACUCUUCAAUCUCCUGCCAGGAUAAAGCCAGGUGUUAAAGGGAUUCCUUCCAAGGUCGGUGGCUUACCGAAAACUAGCGGCCUUGUAACCCCUGGCGCUGGCCUGAAGUUGCAAAGGAAGCUUGCUGGUCCCGGAGGAGCUGUCCCUCAGUUAUCAUCGCCACAACGUCGUGCAGCCUCACCACCAACAGAGGAGCUGACUGCAACAAUGCCUGCUCUGCCUAAGUUUGGACUUGGGCGGGGUCUCGCAGGACGGCCGCUUGCAAAGCAGAGUGCCCCUAUUGCAGACACCCCUACCCCGUCUAUUCAGGCCCCAUCUGGUCUCUCUGUCGUUGAAAGAGCCGAACUAGAAGAGCUUCGACUGGAAAAGGAGAGAUUAACGAAACUUACUGACGAUCUACGCUCGGAACGAACAAAACUCAACUCUGAAAUAAAUGAACUCCAAAAUCAAAAUGCGCAGCUCAUAGAAGAUCACACUAGAGACGUUUUAAGUAUAAAGGCCAAAGAAACACAACUCGUACGCGCGAAAAGUGACGCUGAGGCAGCAGAGCAAACCGUGCAAAAACAGCAGCGGGAGAUUGAUAGGUUGAAGCGCGAGCUAUCAAGAUCCAUGCGGGCAAAUGAGGCCAGCCAACCUAACACAUACGCUGACUAUAUCGGCUUAAACAUGGGAGUCAACGAUACCAGCACUGGAAUUUACCAGGAUGAUAGUCGAAGAGGAAGCAUGCACAAUAGCUCUCGAUUCGACGGCGCUCGACCAAGAAGCUACAUCUCUAGCAGCCCAAGCGAAGAAAAGGAAAAUAAUGGUCUUACUUCUCCUGGCCUUACUUCGAGAUUCUCUAGCCAACGGAAGUUUAGCCCCCCUGUGGGAUCAGCAUACUCUUCUGGGAGAGGAAGUCCUGCGAGAACGUCGAUGAGAAGUGGGGCGAUGGGUGCUGAUGGAAUCGCCUCUCAAGUAGAGCCAGCAGAGAACUGGAAGAGAGCAGCCGAGGUUACGAGUCAGCUUAAAGCAAGGAUAGAACAAAUGAAGGCGAGGCAAGGGCUCUCCCGGCCACCACCAUCCCAUUAG